AGAUGGAGGUGCGUUUUGAGUCGACACUCAAGUCACGCGAGGCAGAGCGACAAGGGCACCGAGAUGGAGAGGUGCGUGGGGCUCACUACGACACAGAGAUGGAGGUGCGUUUUGAGUCGACUCACAAGUCACGCGAGGCAGAGCGACAAGGGCACCGAGAUGGAGAGGUGCGUGGGGCUCACUACGACACAGAGAUGGAGGUGCGUUUUGAGUCGACUCACAAGUCACGCGAGGCAGAGCGACAAGGGCACCGAGAUGGAGAGGUGCGUGGGGCCCACUACGACACAGAGAUGGAGGUGCGUUUUGAGUCGACUCACAAGUCACGCGAGGCAGAGCGACAAGGGCACCGAGAUGGAGAGGUGCGUGGGGCCCACUACGACACAGAGAUGGAGGUGCGUUUUGAGUCGACUCACAAGUCACGCGAGGCAGAGCGACAAGGGCACCGAGAUGGAGAGGUGCGUGGGGCUCACUACGACACAGAGAUUGGGGUGCGUUUUGAGUCGACUCACAAGUCACGCGAGGCAGAGCGACAAGGGCACCGAGAUGGAGAGGUGCGUGGGGCUCACUACGACACAGAGAUGGGGGUGCGUUUUGAGUCGACUCACAAGUCACGCGAGGCAGAGCGACAAGGGCACCGAGAUGGAGAGGUGCGUGGGGCUCACUACGACACAGAGAUGGGGGUGCGUUUUGAGUCGACUCACAAGUCACGCGAGGCAGAGCGACAAGGGCACCGAGAUGGAGAGGUGCGUGGGGCUCACUACGACACAGAGAUGGAGGUGCGUUUUGAGUCGACUCACAAGUCACGCGAGGCAGAGCGACAAGGGCACCGAGAUGGAGAGGUGCGUGGGGCUCACUACGACACAGAGAUGGGGGUGCGUUUUGAGUCGACUCACAAGUCACGCGAGGCAGAGCGACAAGGGCACCGAGAUGGAGAGGUGCGUGGGGCUCACUACGACACAGAGAUGGGGGUGCGUUUUGAGUCGACUCACAAGUCACGCGAGGCAGAGCGACAAGGGCACCGAGAUGGAGAGGUGCGUGGGGCUCACUACGACACAGAGAUGGGGGUGCGUUUUGAGUCGACUCACAAGUCACGCGAGGCAGGGCGACAAGGGCACCGAGAUGGAGAGGUGCGUGGGGCUCACUACGAGACAGAGAUGGAGGUGCGUUUUGAGUCGACUCACAAGUCACGCGAGGCAGAGCGACAAGGGCACCGAGAUGGAGAGGUGCGUGGGGCUCACUACGAGACAGAGAUGGGGGUGCGUUUUGAGUCGACUCACAAGUCACGCGAGGCAGAGCGACAAGGGCACCGAGAUGGAGAGGUGCGUGGGGCUCACUACGACACAGAGAUGGGGGUGCGUUUUGAGUCGACUCACAAGUCACGCGAGGCAGAGCGACAAGGGCACCGAGAUGGAGAGGUGCGUGGGGCUCACUACGACACAGAGAUGGGGGUGCGUUUUGAGUCGACUCACAAGUCACGCGAGGCAGAGCGACAAGGGCACCGAGAUGGAGAGGUGCGUGGGGCUCACUACGACACAGAGAUGGGGGUGCGUUUUGAGUCGACUCACAAGUCACGCGAGGCAGAGCGACAAGGGCACCGAGAUGGAGAGGUGCGUGGGGCUCACUACGACACAGAGAUGGAGGUGCGUUUUGAGUCGACUCACAAGUCACGCGAGGCAGAGCGACAAGGGCACCGAGAUGGAGAGGUGCGUGGGGCUCACUACGACACAGAGAUGGAGGUGCGUUUUGAGUCGACUCACAAGUCACGCGAGGCAGAGCGACAAGGGCACCGAGAUGGAGAGGUGCGUGGGGCUCACUACGACACAGAGAUGGAGGUGCGUUUUGAGUCGACUCACAAGUCACGCGAGGCAGAGCGACAAGGGCACCGAGAUGGAGAGGUGCGUGGGGCUCACUACGACACAGAGAUGGAGGUGCGUUUUGAGUCGACUCACAAGUCACGCGAGGCAGAGCGACAAGGGCACCGAGAUGGAGAGGUGCGUGGGGCUCACUACGACACAGAGAUGGAGGUGCGUUUUGAGUCGACUCACAAGUCACGCGAGGCAGAGCGACAAGGGCACCGAGAUGGAGAGGUGCGUGGGGCUCACUACGACACAGAGAUGGAGGUGCGUUUUGAGUCGACUCACAAGUCACGCGAGGCAGAGCGACAAGGGCACCGAGAUGGAGAGGUGCGUGGGGCUCAAUACAACACAGCGAUGGAGGUGCGCUUUGAGUCGACUCACAAGCUACGACACGCGCAGCCACGUGACCCGGCGGAAGAAAAACGCUCGGAACGAGCGCUUCCAGCCCCAAAACGCGGAGGGAUCCGCACAUCUGCAGGAAGUGCAGCGGUCGCUCUUCGUUCGCGAGCGCCGAUGACCGAUGAUGCUGGCAACCCUCCCACGCCCUUGCUGGCUUGGCAAUAG